UGUAAUUUAUAGAUAUCAUUGGAAAUGGCCGGCAGUAGACUGCUCCGAGCGCUUGGAUCUGCCAGUCGUUUUUGUAAACACACAAAUAAAAUAUGGGUUCCCUGACUAUCAUUCUCUCGGUCUGUGCCUUCUGUUACAUUAUAUCAGGAACUGAAGCUGUGACUGGCAACUGCCCUCAAGCAUCGAAGGUGUACGGGUGCUCUCCCAAAUGUCUCCAGGAUUACGAGUGUACCCACGGGAAGGUCUGCUGUCCAAACGGAUGUAACACCAAGUCGUGCACCCAACCAGCGGCUAGCGGCACCGGCACUGGGGGAUCCAGCAAAUAUGGAUCUUCAUCCGGCGCUGGCGUGUAUUGCGACAACGUGAAAUGCAAUGCCUUCGAGGUGUGCAAGUUGGAUCCCACCACCAAGAGGAACAAGUGCAGCAGGGCUUAAAUUUAUUAAAAUAUGAUUGCAUUAAUUUUAGACCAUAGAUAGAUAGAAAGCACCCUUACUUUUAUGCAAAUAAAUUAAAACAAAAAUAACUUAUCCUAAAUGUAUGCUAAGGUGAUGAACAAAAGGUAGCCUUAACAAAUUUUUCAUAUUCGUGAAAAUUCCGUUCACUUAAAGAACUCACAAUAAAGGUAGAUAUAAUAUAUAAUAUUAGGUAACUAGGUAUUAUUAGAUAUAGAGGUAAUCAAAAUGUUUACUAUUAUUAUAAACGUGCCUCACUUAUGUAAAGAAAACAAUUUUCUUCCCUACAUAAUAAGAAGUAAAGCCUGAUUUGGCAUUUUUAUUCCAGCCCUUAUAUCCCAGAUAUUUAUUUUUAUAUCGUAUUAUUAUCUUAUAUGUUACUUUUAAGUAAAAUAAAAUAAAGAUUUUACGAAU